CGACAGUAACUAUUUUUGCUAUUUUAGUUUCUUUGUUUGUUUGAUAGUUUUUAUUAUCUUAGCGGAUGGUGGCAGCAUCUGUCAGAUAUCAGUGAUAUCACUACUUCAGUAAGAGUCGUCAAAAUCUCCUCAAAUUGACAGCUGGUUUUACUGGACGAGAUACUACUUACGUGCGCGCAAAAAGGCAUAAAAAAAUAUCUAAUGCUGGAAUUUGGAUUAAAGAAAAGAACAAUAACCGAGGCUUUGAUAUGCCUCAAGUAUAUAGUGUGUCCGUGAGAAUUAACUUUAGUGAUUUUAUUUAGGGACAGAAUUUAGACGUCAUAUUUUAUUCUGAACGUGAAAAUUGGCCAAUUUUGAUCCUCGUAAUUACACUCUAAAUAUCAUUAUUCGUCUCCAACACCAAAUUAACCAAUUUCGUUGAUGAUGGACGACUGAUGUGUGAGUGGAUGAGGACUUUGAGACCAAAUAAGGAACAAUAACCUAGUUCCUGUGCUUUGGACUAUCCGCACUUGAAUAGUUCAUAUACGUAUCAUGGCAUUGACGAAUGUCUUGUUGAUAAGUCAGGUGGCUGGAUAUGUGGUGGCCCUAAUCCUGUCUCUGUGCAUCAUCGUGCCUAUGAGUCUUCACCAGGAAGAUUUCAAUGGCCAUUGUCUUCUAUUCUCGACCGGUAUUUGGCGUGAGACUGAUGGACAGUUUGAUGUGCAAUGGGCGUCCCAAGCCUACUGCAAUUACACGAUAUCUGCCGGACUUGUCCUUUUCGUGACAUCAGUAAUCCAGAUAUACAGACUUUCGAUGCUGAUGUACAAGGGGGAGGACAGCUCCUUCCUCUCUGCAUUCAUAGACGUCGUCGUUUCCAUCAACCUGACGAUGGUAACCCUGAUAGCUGCUAUCAUCAUUACCCUGGGCUUCAUGACGUGGUGUGGCUGCAUGACGAAGCGUUUUCCUUCUUGCGAGCAAGCUGCUGGAAAUGAUAUUGAUAAAGCUGAUGGCAUUAACACCUCUGGGUUUCACAUUGAGCUGGGGGUGGCACAGUUCGGGGCAUGGAGUAGUCUAUCUAUUUGGGUUGGGCUCUGUGUAUUUGCUGUCCUCAAACUCCUACGGUACCACCAGCUGGAGAACAUGAAAGUGUCCAUGUAUAGGGAGAGGCAGAGACUCAUCGAUUCUGCGGGAACUUACUCGACUCAGGAGAUCGGCUAGAGGAGUCGAGGGAUGUUCUUCUCAUCAAGGGUUCAGUGGAGAAGUGGAAAAACAUGUGGGAUUUUUCAGGAUUAAAUAAGGUUUCGAGGAGACCUGGGAGAUCGUCCAUCCAAUUAAAUACUCAAUUCAAAAAUUAGUCCUGAAUUCCAAAUAUCUUCAAGGAUUGUUACACUUUGAAGACCAUUUCACCCUCAAUCAAAACAAAUCUCAGUGGGAGUCUUUGAGUACAAGUAAAGUAAAGAUAUAAAAAAUUUAACCGUUAUUACAAAUGAUACAACACGGAAUAUGUCAUUAAAACUUAACAAAAUCGUCAGUUUUUUCAAACACAAGUUAGGGUAAAACGACCCUAACGAUAACCAGGGCUAAAGGUCAAUGGUCGAGAAACAUCGGAGAUAACUUAUUUGGUUUUACCACUUCACUAACGAAUUCUUCCAGUGAUUCUAGAUCUUACGAUAUUUACUAAAAACCAUGGCUGUAGUUGAGUUAAUUCGUUUCACAUCUUCAUGAUAGAAUUAUUUUCUUAAUAAUAUGCUGUACAAUUACUGUGCUGAAUAAAAUUCAUGUCAGUUCAGAUACAACGUUGAAGAUUCAAAUGCAAAUACAAUUUAUCCUAUUUGUUGACUUGUUGUCUGACUCAUCAUCAUCAGGCGUAGAAGUUGUCAAUUGAUAAGCACUUGUUGUUACUCUUGAUGUCACCAAUUACGUCCACCAUUAUUUUUAUUAAUCCACUCAAUAUUUUACGGGAUUUAUCAAAAUAAAUUACAAGCAAAGGUGGUGAGCAUAUGACAGCGAACACAUGACUGUGAGCAUAUCAUUGAGUGGUCUUUUAAAUCUUCUAUCAUUAUCAAUCAAUCGAUGGAACAUUCUGGAAUGGCUGGAGAAAGUGCUGAAAAUUCCUGGGUGUACUUUCAUCUCGUCGUAAAAAAUCAGUGCUCCAAUUUGAAAGUUUGCAAUGAUGAUUUGUUCAAUUGGAUAACUUGUUCGUUGAUUAGUUAGUGAUACUAUCUGUUGUAUUUUUUUCUCGUUGAAAAUAAUU